AGAGAUAGAAAGAGAUAUGGAGCUGCAAGUAUUGAAACUCAUCUUCACGGCCUUCACGGUAGCGUUCCUGAGCGCCGCGAUUCGAACUCUUGAAGUCUUGAUAUGGAGGCCACAGAGGCUAAGGUUGAAGCUCCGGCAACAAGGCAUCCGAGGCCCUCCGGGUUCUUUUUUCAUCGGGAAUCUCCGCGAGAUGAAGGAGCUUCAAUCACAUUCCACCACACCCACGAAAUCACCAUCGCAAGGAGAUCAGCAAGCCAUAACGCACAACUGCUCCUCCAAGCUCUUGCCAUUCCUAGAUCGCUGGAGACAGCAAUAUGGGAAUGUGUUCAUGUUCUCGAUGGGGAACAUACAGAUGCUGUACCUGAACGAUGCGGAGGCAGUGAGGGAGAUGAGCACGUGCACUUCGUUGGACUUUGGAAAGCCUUCUUACCAGCUGAAGAUGAUGGAUCCUCUGCUUGGCCAAGGCAUUGCAAACUCCAAUGGUGCCAAAUGGGCUGAACAGAGAAAGAUUCUUGCUCCUGAGUUCUACGUUGACAAAGUUAAGGGUAUGAUAAACUUGAUGGUGGAGUCUUCAAUUACUUUGGUGAAUUCAUGGAGCGAAAACAUUGAAAAGGAAGGUGGAGUUGCUGAAAUUAACAGUGACAUCCACCUGAGGAGCUUUUCUGGGGAUGUGAUCUCCAAGGCAUGCUUUGGGAGCAACUAUGCCAAGGGACAAGAGAUUUUCUUGAAAAUUAGAGCUCUCCAAGAAGCAAUCUCCAAGAUAGCCUUCAACUCUGCAGUCCCAGGAUUCAGAUACUUGCCAACCAAGACCAACAGGCAAAUAUGGAAGCUGGAGAGAGAGAUUCAGUCCUUAAUCCUGAAGGUAGUGCAGGAACGAAAGGAAGCAACCUUAGAGAAGAACAUGCUUCAGAUGAUACUCGAAGGCGUUGAAAACAGCGACCAGUUGGGAUGCGGCGAUGCGACGGACCGUUUCGUCGUGGACAACUGCAAGAACAUCUACUUCGCUGGGUACGAGACGACCGCCAUCACUGCCGCCUGGACAUUGAUGUUGUUGGCCUCGAAUCCGGGAUGGCAAGCCAAAGUACGCAAGGAGGUCAUGCAACUGUUGCGUGGCGGCCAACUUCCGGAUGCUGACAUGAUACCGAAGAUGAAAACGUUGACGAUGGUAAUCAACGAGUCACUACGUCUCUACCCACCGGCGGCCCUUAUCACAAAAGAGGCACUUGAAGACUUGAAGUUUGGUAACAUCCAAGUUCCAAAAGGGGUCAAUGUUUGGACCCACGUGGUGCCCCUCCACCACGACCCCGAUAUCUGGGGGCCUGAUGCCGACCGGUUCAACCCAGAGCGGUUUGCCAAUGGAGUCAUCGGAGCUUGCAAGCUCCCAUACACGUACAUGCCCUUCGGGGUUGGGUCUCGCUCGUGUCUAGGGCAGAACUUCGCAAUGGCCUAGCUGAAAGUCCUCCUGGCCCUCAUAAUUUCCAACUACUCCCUUUCAAUCUCGCCCAAGUAUAGACACUCCCCAGUUACGAGGUUGGUCAUAGAGCCUGAAUUUGGUGUGGAUCUUCUUGUAAGGAGACUCUGACAUUCAAAGGAAAUCUUGUUCCACGUUUCAAGUUCAGAAAAUGUGAAAGCGCCCUUCUCUUUGUAAUAUCGGUGCGUCCCUUUUUAGCUCAAGUAAUAAGAGGAUUCCCAUCAGUAACACUUGUUAGUGUUCUACUUGUCUUCUCUUGAGCUAUGAUUACUAGUUUUUUUCCA